AUGUCAUUCAGAAGCGUGCCCGCCACGACAGCAGGAUCCGCGAACUGGAAUUUUGAGGGACGCCCACUCGUCUGGUUGUUUACUCAAAAGCAUUCCUCUUCUCUUCCUGCCUCCCUCGGUACCCCGCUCCUACCUCUUGUCCUUCCGCGUUUCUCGCUUCUCCGUUCCUCUCUUUCCUCUUCGCACUCCUUCCUCUCGGGCGUCUCGGCUGCUCCAAGCGCCGCACGCAGCUUGCUGACGCCCGACUUGGGGCGGCGGUCGUACACGCAGGGACACAGCGUGGAAGGAGAAGUCGACCGGAGACAAAGGCCCUCCGAAACACGGCGAAGCAAAGGCGAACAGGAAGAUCUGCAUGCGCCGUAUCGACACCGGACAGAGAGACAAGACCAGAACGGAGAGCUCGGCGUCGACGACGUCGUGCCGUGGACAGGCAGCGCCGACGCCCUGCCGCCUGGAUUUGUCGAGGACGCGUUUCAAGAGAUCCACCACGCCCCGCGGCGUUGCCCGGGCUGCGGCGCAGAGCUGCAAACGGAGGAUCCUUCUCGUCAAGGUUUCGUCUCUGCGGAGAAAAAAGAAGAGUGGUACAGCGGCCGAUGGAAGUCUCUCCCGAAGGCAAAGGGCGUCGAAGUAGACAGCGUCCCAGACGGCGUCGAAGUCAUCACGGUUAAGAGUCCCAGGUUUCGCAAGCGCACGAGACUCCUGCUGUGUCGCCGAUGCUACCGUAUUCAGAUGUACAAGCAGCUGGACGGUCAGUGGGAAGCGGCGGCGAACGCGCAGGACGCAUUGCUGCCGUCUCUCGAACCUGAAACUGUCGUUAACGCGAUUGUGAAAACCAUGAAGAAGGACUCGGUUGUGCUCAAACUGGUUGAUGUGUGUGACCUCGAGAGCUCCGUCGUUCCCGAAUUGUUUCAGGCGUGUCGCUCCAAGCGUCUCCACGUCAUCUGGCUUAUCAACCGAAUCGACUGCCUGCCUCGCACAGCGCAAAAGCGAGAAGUUAAGGAGUGGGUAAGACGCAUGGUGCGACAAAUCGACAAUGUCCACAUUGACGACUGCAUCCUCGUUUCAUCCGCCACAGGGGAAGGCUUCGAAGACCUCGAGCGCCGGCUCGAACAUCUCCUGGUGCCCGCGCCGGGGGGUGUCUCCGCAGUCGAAGGCCGUCGCAUCUACGUGGUGGGCAGAGUAAACGCUGGGAAGUCGACUUUUGUCACGAGGUUCCUCAAAUUCAUCAACUACAAGCACGCCGGAACGAUCUUCAUGAAGCGAGCGUCAGGAGGCGUCACGCGAUCGGCCAUGCCCGGCACGACGCUCUCCUUCUUGCCUUUUGGUCUGCCUAAGGAUUUCAAACUCAUCGAUACACCCGGAAUACCUUCCAGACAUCAAGUGACGUCUCUGCUUCGCUUCGCCGCCGACUUGUAUUCCAUCGUCCCGUCGAAACGCCUGCAGCCGAUCACCUACGCGGUGACGGAAGGCAAGUCUUUGCUGAUCGGCGCCAUGGCCAGAAUCGACCUUGCUCAAGGCUCCACGGCCCUCAUCACCUGCUACUUCUCACACAAAAUCACUCUCCACAUCUGCAAAACUGUGAAGGCGGCAGAUCUUCUGUCAAGAAAGGCGUGCACAUUUCUCUACCCGCCACAUCUUCCUGCUGGCUUCGACAGGCUGCAGCCUCUUGUGAGACACAGCGUGAAAGUGCAUGCAGGCAAUUCGACGGCCUACGACGACAUUUCGAUUGCGGGGCUGGGGUGGAUCUCCGUCGCCGGCGCUGCGGGGCCCAAAGAAUUACACGUCUGGGCUCCUCAGGGUGUAAAGAUCUUUCGCCGACCUGCCAUGUUGCCUUUGCAAAUCCGCACCACGGGCGUCGAAGAUUUCCACGGAAAAAGCCCGCGAGCGCGUGGCCCACGAAUUAAUGCGAAGAAAAAGCGCAUGGUUGAGGCACUUCGAGACCAAGAGAAACGCGACCGCCUCCACGCAGCACUGGCAGCCCGAGAGCGUGAGGCUGCCGAGGCGCGGGCGUGUCUCGCCCCCGUCUCUUCCGAGGAAACACUCGACGAGUGCGCGAUCCAUUCUUCAGCUGGCGUCGCUUCUUUUCGCUCGUCCAUCGACGGCGGCGCUCUCGACGAGAACCCCCCCAAACGCGCAGGCGAAGGGACCGACUUCUCCCCCCUGCAGUGUCGAGCCGAAAAGGACGCGACUGCAUGCACCGACUUCUCUCCCCUGGAGAACCACUCUGGCUUGGUUGCUCGAGGGAAGAAACAAGAAAUCGAAAGUCUCUUGACAGAGGAAGCUAGUGCGUCUUCAUUCGCGAGCUCUCGCUGGGGGACGGAGGCGGUCCUGGACCACCGGGGCGCCUCCCCGUUCUCGUUUUCUGAGAGAACCAGAGAGGCCAAAGACGCUGCAGGGACGAAGGUGUACACGGAAGUGGACGAGGGGUUAGGCAGGAACGAGAACACAGAAGUUGCUGGAGCUGUCGUGGAUCUCCGUCCUCCCGAAGAAGAUCGCCGCCGCAGUCACAGUGUCCGAUGA